AUGAUAUCAGCUUUAAUUGUAGGAGUCUUGCUCAUUGUGAAGAGUAUUAUACUUCCCCCUUCUAAUUUUCCCAAGUCAAUUCCUACCAUUCCAUUCUACGUUUCGUUUCUUGGUGCUUAUACUAGUAUGGAUCAAGAAGAAAUCUACAACUACUACAUGAGGGAAAAGUUGGAGAAGUAUGGUGCAGCUAAAUUGUAUUUCGCUUCAAGAUGGAAUAUAGUGAUAAUAGAGCCAGAAUUGUUGCUACAAUUGUUCAAGAAUGAAAACAUUUAUGCAAAAAGUGGCAAUCAGGAGAAGAUACCUUACUCAGUAUUAGCCCAAUACACUGGCGAAAACAUCAUUAGUGCCCAUGGGGAGAAGUGGAGAUUGUACCGUCGAGUCGUAGCAUCCAGUGUUCAAUUUCCUAACAUGGAACCAAUUGUUGAAAACUCGAAAAGGUUCCUAGAUGUACUUCAUCAAGAAUUGAUCAAUAACUCCCCAAUAGAAAUUAUAGAUUUACUCCAAAGAUAUACACUUGCUAAUAUUGGGGAUUCUGUUCUUGGUGUUAAGUUCAAUACUAUGGAAGAAAAAGACACAGAAAUCCACAAAAGGAUUAAACAUGUGAAGCGGCAAAUUUUCCAGCCCUUAUACAUGAACUUUCCUUUCUUAGACAAGUUGCCAAUAGCCAGUAGGAUGGAAGCCAGGAAGGAGGUGGCACAGUUUAGAAGCUAUUUCAGCAAUAUACUCAAGACUUGCCAGAAUUUUGGCAGGGAAACUGGAGCUUCUAGAUUAAGGCAAGCAUUGGAUAAUAACACUUUGACAGAAAAGGAAUUCACAGAUAAUGGUAUAAUUUUAAUGGUUGCUGGACAUGAAAACCCCUUACUCUUGUUGUUGUCUCUUUUCUAUAUUGUUGCCAAAUAUCCCGAAGUGCAACAUAAGAUUAGACAAGAAAAUGGUGACAAUGAAGCACCGUAUUUGAAUUCAGUUAUUUGUGAAUGUUUAAGAAUGUUACCACCAUUAGGUCAGAUAAUAAAUAGACGGACUACAGAGAAUGUCAUAUUGGGUUCCAACAUCCGAAUUCCUAAAGGUACAUAUGUCGGUUACAACAAUUUUGGAACAGGAAGGCAUAGGAAGAUAUGGGGUGAAAGCGCAGAUGAAUUCAAACCGGAAAGAUGGGGUAAGACUCCUCAAGAAAUCAGCAGAAAAUAUUUGGAAGCCAAAAUCAAAGCUAACCUCCCUGCAUUUCAUGGCAGAAAAAGAGCAUGUCUAGGUGAAAAAUUUGCUCUUGAAGAAGUAAGAGUGCUUAUCCAAACAUUGUUACAAAUGUACCAGCUUCUGCUUGAUCCCAAUUGGGUAGAAAAAAUAACUCCUGCUGGUCCCAUUUGUCCGCUUGGCCUAAAAAUUAAGUUUAAGAAGAUAGAAUUUUGA